AAGGACGACCGCCACCAUGCUCGCCCUUGCCUCUUCUUCUCGCUCGCUCGCCCGCUCGAGCGCUCCCCGCUCCAUUGUCGGCUCGUGGGUCGCCCAGCGUGGCCUCGCCACCGCCCAGGACCCGUACGACGUCGUCGUCAUCGGUGGCGGCCCCGGUGGCUACAUCGCGGCCAUCAAGGCCGCCCAGCUCGGCUUCAAGACGGCGUGCAUCGAGAAGCGCGGCUCGCUCGGCGGCACGUGCCUCAACGUCGGCUGCAUCCCGUCCAAGGCCAUGCUCAACAACUCGCACAUCUACCACCAGACGACCCACGACCUCAAGGCGCGCGGCAUUGACGUCGCCGACGUCAAGCUCAACCUGCCCAACAUGCUCAAGGCCAAGGACAAGUCGGUCAAGGCCCUGACGGGCGGUGUCGAGUUCCUCCUCAAGAAGAACAAGGUCGACUACAUCAAGGGCGCCGCCUCGUUCGCGUCGCCGACCUCGAUCGACGUCGCCCUCAUCGACGGCGGCAACACGCAGAUCGAGACCAAGAACACCAUCAUCGCGACCGGGUCCGAGGUGACGCCGUUCCCGGGCAUUGAGAUCGACGAGAAGCAGAUCGUGUCGUCGACGGGCGCGCUCGACCUCCAGGAGGUGCCCAAGAAGAUGGUCGUCAUCGGCGCCGGCGUCAUCGGCCUCGAGCUCGGGUCCGUGUGGUCGCGCCUCGGCGCUGAGGUCGAGGUCGUCGAGUUCCUCGGCGCGAUUGGCGGCGCCGGCAUGGACGGCGAGGUGGCCAAGAACUUCCAGAAGAUCCUCGGCAAGCAGGGGCUCAAGUUCAACCUCAACACCAAGGUUCUCGGCGCCCAGAAGAAGGACGGCAAGGUCCACCUCGACGUCGAGGGCGCCAAGAACGGCAAGAAGUCGACCAUCGAGGCCGACGUCGUCCUCGUCGCCAUCGGCCGUCGCCCGUACACCGAGGGCCUCAACCUCGACAAGAUUGGCGUCGAGGUCGACAACCGCGGCCGCAUCGUCAUCGACUCGCAGUUCAACACGUCGGUCAAGGGCGUCAAGUGCAUCGGCGACGUCACGUUCGGCCCUAUGCUGGCUCACAAGGCCGAGGACGAGGGUGUUGCCGCUGUCGAGUACAUCCAGUCGGGCUUCGGACACGUCAACUACGGUGUCAUCCCGAGCGUCGUCUACACCCACCCUGAGGUCGCGUGGGUCGGCAAGACGGAGGAGGACUGCAAGGCGGAGGGUAUCGAGUACAAGGUCGGCAACUUCCCGAUGGUCGCCAACUCGCGUGCCAAGACCAACAACGACACGGACGGGUUCGUCAAGGUGAUCGCCGAGAAGCACACCGACAAGAUUCUCGGUGCCCACAUCAUUGCGUCGGCGGCAGGUGACAUGAUUCACGAGGCGGCGGUCGCGCUCGAGUACGGCGCGUCGGCAGAGGACGUCGCACGCACGUGCCACGCGCACCCGACGGUCUCGGAGGCGGUCAAGGAGGCGUUCCUGAUGGCGAGCAGCGGCAAGGCCUCAACGCCUAAGCGCCACACGCACCUUCGCCCCCGC